CUGACCUAGAUCUAUUCUGCAUAUAAAACAGCAUACAGUUUUUCUUCAUCCGAGUUGUUUUCGUAUACAAUAAACGCAACAAAAUCAGAACAACAGCUAACCGGAUCAACAGACAGAGGUUAAAUCCACACCAACGUAAUUUUAACGGCUGUCAACGUGGACAGGAUGAAGACAUAAGAAGUAAUGUAAGGCUAUUUUCAUUCAGAAACAUGAAGGUCCUCAACAAUGACGAGUUACAGAUCGCUGAAGGAGUGCUAUUAAAGCACUUUCCAGAGAGUUUGAAGGUCUAUGGUUUUCUUCAUAGCAUGAACAAAAACAAACCAAGCAUCCUGGAGGUGGUUGUUGAUAACUGGCCAGAUUUUAAGGUCAUCAUAUGCCGACCUGACCCCAAGAACAAGCGAGCCCUGGAGUUCAAGAAGAAGGUGUCAUACUACAGCAUGGAUGAGCAGGUUUUAAGGAAAAUGCUGGCAGACGAGAACGUAAUCGACUGGCACACUUAUUUCCUCAUUGGAGGAUUUGACCUUUCCCACGCCCCCAUUCUCAAAGAAGUGUCUGCAAAGAAAAACGUCAACAGCAGAUGCUGCAGUUUGGACCAUCUCAUGUAUUUACCAGACAUCAGCUGCCUGGUCGCUCCAGAAGUCGACAGUGAUCUUGAAUCAAGGAUUUCAUCUCUCGACUUGUCUCAUACUGAAUUAGUGAACAAGCACUGGAAGUUUGGUGGGAACCAAAAGAGCAUCAUGAAAAUCAAAAACCACAUCAGUAACUUCUCAUCAUGCUGCAUCACUGAUGACCACGGGCAGCCCGUGUCCUGGAUCCUGGAAUAUGAUUAUGGCGCCAUUGGCAUGCUGUUCACGCUGCCAGAACACAGAGGGAAAGGUUACGCCAAAGUCCUGAUCUGCAGCAUGGCCAGGAGACUCCACGUUGACAGAUACCCGGUCUACUGCUUCAUUGAAGAGGACAACGCGCUCUCCUACAGGAUCUUUAAAAGCCUGGGCUUUACUGAGGAUCCUUCGUACAGAGCAGGAUGGUUCGAGUUUAACUUUGGAGGUUGAUGUUUUCACACAUGCACAAAAUCUUGAAAUUUUUCUGGGUGAGCUGUAUGUGUGAGUGCAAACAGCUGGAUUUUUCACUUAAAUCUUACCAGCAAAGUUAAAUAUCGUUAGUAUGUUGUGAGAAUGCAGCGGGAAAGAAUGUAUGUUCUUUAUCAAUCAUUUGCCUCUGGAAACACCAAGCAUACCAUACAACAGGGAAAGUCUUCCACUGUGAAUAUGUAAAUAGGGCAACUCAGGUCAGGAUGUCAUGAAAUUUGUGGGAAUUUUCAGCAGUGCAUGUGUGGAGAAGUAUUAAGUUUCUGUUAAGUUCUGUGUCUGUAUAUGAAAAUGGAAGACAUGUCUCCACCUCCCUUCUUUGCACCAAAACAGAUAGAUAGGGUUAGGGUUAGGGUUAGAUAUCUGCAAUCUGCAGCCGCACAUCAUCCAUCCUGCUGGCGAGGGAGCAGGCACCCAGGAGAAAGAUGCUUGGUAGGGCAGGUUUGUGUGGGGCUGCUCUUAGCCUAGCCUGCAGCCUGGCUUGUUUGCCCGCUUCCACCUGCCUCCUCUGCCUCCUCCCCACCGGCUGUAGGUGUCGUGCUGCUCCACGCCCUCCUCCUUUCAAUCACUGAGCGCCCCGUCCUCUGGAUAAUCUCCGUUGGGAAAGAUGUAAAAUCCGUGGGCACGCUGUCAGUUCUUGUGUAAGUGUAGGGCUUUAUUUUGCUGCUAGUGAUGGAGUGCCAGGCCGCUGUGUCCGUAUGCACCGCCCCAUGCUACCUCAAUUGGUAGCAUUCAGUAGUCUCCUGUUGAUCAGGUAGUAUU